AUGAGUAGUGAUGAUAAUAAUGUGCUCAAUGAGGAAUUCACAUUUGAUCCUGUAGAAAAUGUAGAUGCCCAAUCUCAUCCUAUGUCAACUGUUAAAAAAACAAGGAAAAGAAAAGGUGUGUAUAUUAAGAGACUUGAAUCCGAUAAUCUUCAGCUAAAACAUGAUAUACAAGAGUUUAUGAAUAAAAUUAGUAUCAUUGAAUCCCAAAAUACAGUUCUUCUGCAACAAUUGUAA